AUGCUUCUAUUUCUUCAAGCACUUUGUGUUCCGGAUAUUGAGAACAAGAUGGCACCUGACACCAACAAAUGCCACAACACGAAGACAGGUGGCAGCUACCAGUCAUCUGAAGUUGCAUCGAAUGAUUCCAGUCAGCAACUCAAUGAAAUCAGUCAGGGAAUCUCCAAAUUGGUCAAUCACCUGACAGUUCGGAAAAAAGAGGAGGAAUCUUCUCCAAUGGGCGACGUGAUGUCCAAGGAGCUUCUUCAAUUCAUGGCAAAUGCCAAUGCCAAGUGCAACAUGUGCCAUUUGUGCAGUGAGAACUCCAACUGUUGCACUAAGACAGUUGUAUCAAUCAUCAAUGAGCUUUCUCUACCAGGAAUCACAGCCCAAGGCUACUACGAGAAAAUCAAGGCAAAUCCACUGAUUCACAACAUCAUCAAGGACACCGUAUUAAGAGUGGUCAGAAUGGAUGGAUGUGAAUCAAAAGAUGGCUGCUUGCUUUGUAACAUGGUAAAGGCAGAGGGUGGAGAAAUGGGGAAGAAGCUUCACGUUCUAUGUGCCAUGUUUUCAACUGAUAUGGGUUGGUUCAAUUUCCUAGGGAAUCAGGGCAACAAGUCACAGCAAAUGGCACCAAUGCCAAUGUUUGGAGGCAACAGCAGUGGCAAAAUGGACAUGAAUCAGCUGAUGAUGAUGCAAAUGAUGCGGGGAAACAAGAAUGUCAACCUAAAUCAGGUUAUGAUGAUGCGGAUGAUGCAGAAUGGUGGCCUAUUUGGUAGAGCCAAUGACUGA